CACAUAACCGACUAUAGGAUCCGACCCACCGGGAGUUCGAUACUCAUCGUCAUCAUUGAUCUAGUUCUCUAGCUCCUUCUCUAUCUCAAACACACACUCACACGCUCUUCUCGAUCCUAACCAGUACUGCUAAGCAGAACUACUGAAAUUCAAGCUUCCCUUCACCCAUCCAUCAAUAAACUUCGGAAAUGAGGAGCAGGUUGGGGCAUAGGCACCAAUCAAAGCAAUCCGGAGUUAAGGGCAUGUUUGGAAGGCUAUCGUUUGCUGUAAUCGUUCUGGUCAUCUGUACUGUUUCGCUACUGUCCACUGUAAAGAGCAACACGCGAUCCAUCUCUCGAUCCGAGAUUGACGUCGAUGCGCUUUGGGAUACAGCUGCUUCUGGUGGAUGGAGACCAUCAUCUGCUCCGAGAUCUGAUUGGCCCCCUCCCCCAGCAGAAACUAAUGGGUACUUAAGAGUUCGUUGUAAUGGUGGCCUCAAUCAGCAAAGAAGUGCGAUCUGUAAUGCUGUGCUAGCUGCUCGAAUCAUGAAUGCUACUCUUGUACUUCCUGAACUGGAUGCAAAUUCCUUCUGGCAUGAUGACAGUGGUUUUCAUGGUGUCUAUGAUGUCGAGCAUUUUAUCAAGUCGCUAAGAUAUGAUGUACGAAUAGUGGAAAGCAUUCCCGAAAUCCGGAAAAAUGGGAAGACCAAGAAGAUGAAAGCUUUUCAGAUACGGCCUCCUAGAGAUGCUUCAGUCAGUUGGUAUACAACAGAUGCUCUGGCAAAGAUGAAAGAGCAUGGUGCUAUUUAUCUUACACCGUUCUCACAUCGCUUGGCAGAAGAGAUUGAUAACCCUGAGUACCAGCGCCUAAGGUGCAGAGUUAAUUAUCAUGCCUUACGGUUUAAGCCUCACAUUAUGGAGCUCAGCAACUCAAUUGUGAAUAGACUUCGUGCCCAAGGUCAUUUCAUGGCCAUACAUCUUCGUUUUGAGAUGGAUAUGCUGUCAUUUGCUGGGUGUUUUGAUAUAUUUACUCCUGAAGAACAAAAGGUCCUGAAGAAAUACAGGGAGGAAAAUUUUGCACCAAAAAAACUUGUUUAUAGUGAGAGAAGGGCGAUUGGAAAAUGUCCUCUAACUCCUGAAGAGGUUGGUCUGAUCUUGCGAUCUAUGGGUUUUGACAACUCGACCAGAAUAUACCUUGCAGCUGGUGAACUUUUUGGUGGUGACAGGUUUAUGAAGCCUUUUCGGUCUUUGUUCCCUCGCCUUGAGAACCACAUUUCGUUAGACACCAGUGGCGAACUGGGGAAGAAUAGUCGUGGUUUGGUGGGCUCCGCUGUGGAUUAUAUGGUCUGUCUACUCUCAGACAUAUUCAUGCCAACAUAUGAUGGGCCAAGCAACUUCGCAAAUAAUCUUCUUGGCCACCGCCUCUAUUAUGGUUUCCGUACAAACAUAAUACCUGAUAGAAAAGCUCUUGCUCCUAUCUUUAUUGAGAGGGAGAAGGGGCACACAGCUGGUUUUGAAGAAGCUGUUAGGCGCGCAAUGCAAAACACGAACUUUGGUGGACCUCACAAGCGGGUCCAGCCUGAGUCCUUUUACACGAAUUCAUGGCCAGAGUGCUUUUGUCAGAUGUCAGCAGUCAAUCCAGCCGACAGAUGUCCACCUGAUAACGUCCUGGAUAUCUUGGACAGUCAGUUGACUACGGGAGGAAAUGAUGCUCAAGAAGAAUCUGCCUCAUCAAACUCAACAUCCGUCAUAGAAAAAUAGGAUUAGUAGAUACCAGCACUAGUUUAAACAUGUCGAUAAUCCCUAGAGCUGCACACGAUGCUGAAUUUCAGCUACUGGUAACUGGUGGUAGUUAUUCUAAUCUGGCACUACAGGUACUCCUUUUACUAGUUUUUACAUCAUGUAGAAUUUAGUAUGAUGUAGGAUGCAUUCGUCUAUUGGUCGCUUGUCCCCAUUAAUAUUUCUCGUGAAAGGAAAUUAAGAAUCUUUGAUAGUCUUUAUACCAUUGCAGUCAAUUUCCAUGACCUGAAGAAAUUAAGAAAAGUAGCCACACUUAGCUUCGGAAGUUAUACAUAGACUGAGCUGUUGGGUGAAGUAUAGAGGAGGAUCUGAGCGGUGUAUUUGGAUAUAAGCAUUUUUUGCUGGAUCUGAGCAUAUGUUCUUGUAGGAUGAUUUUUCAUACCAAAUGUGCUGUAUUUGUAAAUGGAACCGAAACCUUUUCAUCCAAUUUUUUUUAUCUCC